GAGUGUCUCUGCCUGGGCUGGUGCAGUCUGAGGGAUGGGGGAUUAGAGCCUGCACCGUCCAACUACCUGUGUGGCCCCCGCAUGGAGGACAGUGGACAGGGAUGCGUUUGAUGCAGGACAUUUUUAUCCGAAACACGAAUGCCUGCUCAGCAUUUAUCGGACAUGCCGACGUUACGACAUUUUAUUGACAACAUGAACCAAGAUGGUGUCUUCCUCCAUCUGUGUCUCCCUGUCAUCUAGGCAUUGCAUGUGCCAACUUUUUUCUGUGAAUAUGCCUUUGUGAGAAACUCUCUGGCUCGUCACCCUCGCCGGGAUUCCCCGCAUUAUUUUCAACAAGAGACGAGAGAGAAAAAAUCUGCAAAAAUGGACAAAGAAAGUACUGGUACUCAAUAUGAACCCGUGGCCGAGAUUGGAGAAGGCGCUUAUGGGAAAGUGUACAAGGCGAGAGAUUUGAAGAACGGGGGACGCUUUGUAGCCCUAAAAAGAGUUCGUGUCCAGACGGAGGAAGAGGGGAUGCCUCUCUCCACCAUCCGGGAGGUGGCGGUACUGAGGCAGCUUGAGGCUUUUGAGCACCCCAAUGUUGUCAGGUUGUUCGAUGUGUGUACAGUCUCUCGGACUGACCGAGAAACCAAACUCACGCUGGUCUUUGAGCACGUGGAUCAGGACCUGACCACCUACCUGGAGAAGGCCCCUGACCCCGGAGUACCACCUGAGACCAUCAAGGAUAUGAUGUACCAGCUGCUCCAGGGGCUGGACUUCCUGCACUCGCACCGCGUGGUUCACCGUGACCUGAAGCCCCAGAACAUCCUGGUCACCAGCGGAGGACAGAUCAAACUGGCCGACUUUGGUCUCGCCCGCAUCUACAGCUUCCAGAUGGCACUCACCUCUGUGGUGGUGACACUGUGGUACAGAGCCCCGGAGGUGCUGCUUCAGUCCAGUUACGCCACGCCAGUGGACCUGUGGAGUGUUGGCUGCAUCUUCGCUGAGAUGUUCAGGAGAAGACCGCUCUUUCGAGGAAACUCAGAUGUUGAUCAGCUGGGGAAGAUUUUUGACGUUGUUGGGGUACCUUCAGCAGAGGACUGGCCCCAGGAGGUGGCCCUACCACAGAGUGCCUUCACCCCCCGGCCCCCUAAGCCAAUAGAGGACUUGGUUCCAGACAUGGACGAGCAGGGACGGACCCUCUUAAUGCAAUUUCUUGCCUUCAACCCCUCCAGGAGGAUAUCUGCCUUCGCUGCGCUCACCCACCCCUAUUUUCAAAGUGUGGACAGCCACAGUAGAAGUGUGUACGCAGCCCAGCCCAUCCCCACAAACAAGCCCACUAUGGAGGAGAGGACUGCCUGAAAGUCUUCCUUCACCCUUAAUCAUCCCAUACAGUGUCUAUAAAAAGUAUUCUGCGUGCCCCGCCUUGGUGUUUUUCAUGUUUGUACAGAGUAAAAUUAAAGCGUGCUGAUUGAGCUUUUUUGACACUGAUUAAAAUAUGAAAUUACCUGUAUAAGUGGAAAUGAACUUGUAGAAAUGGAUGUAAUUUAUGUACAGAUACAAAACACAGUGAUUACUAAUGAGGCAUGUAGAUGCACCUUCUGGCAUCAUUUAAGGCCAUGCGUCUGUGUGAUUAAACCUUUCCUCACUCUGUCAGUUUGCAUGGUGAAUGUGACUGAACAGCAGUUUCCAAAUCCUGCAACAACUUCUGUCUGGAU